AUGUUGUUCUGCUGCUGCGCAGCGGAAGAGGAGAAAGAAGCGAGCAAGAUGUCUGAGGAGCACUUCAAGGGUUUGGUGCAGACCGCCCCAGCAAUGACUGAUCCGGAUGCAGUCCCGGACACCUUCACCAUCAAGUUGUUGCCUGCCGACGGGAAGCAUGGGCUGCAGGUUGAUGCUACGAAUCCCGUGUGCACUGUCAUCAAGGACAUUCUGCCGGGGGGAGCCAUCGAUAAUUGGAACCAGAACAAGCCAGACCUCAAAGUUAAGAAGCUAGAUCGCAUCGUGGAAGUGAAUGGUAUCAAGGGCCCGGCGAUUGACAUCGCCAAGGCGCUGGACCUUUCCGACACCUUGAACAUCGUCGUACAACGGCCCGAACAGAGGGUACUGAAGCUCCAACGCCCUGGAGAGAUUGGGAUGGUGUUAAACUACAAGAAGAUUGGUUCAGCUGCCCCGUGGAUUUCGAAGAUCACGCCAGGACUGCUGACGAAAUGGAACCAAGAGAUGCCAGACCAGGCAGUUCAGCUCCACGACCGUAUCGUGGCCGUGAACGGCGCACAGGGUCGACCGGAAGAGAUGCUGUGCCGUGGCGGGAAGAGAAUUCUGCCAGCGCUGCGAACGUUACUUCAUGGUUCGAUUGCACGCAACUUCUUGGUAACUUGCCUUUACCUUGACCGAGCUUGA